GGGCUGCGGCGGCCAUGCUGAACCCGUACGGAGAGGCGAGUGGGGGGGGAUAGGGUCGACGAUAGCGGGAUGGAAAGCUGGGGACAUGCAGAAGCAGCAGCAUUAGAGUGCUCUGGGUCUGUGGAGAAAUGCCUGGGCCAUGCGGCCCCCUUGGCCCCUUGAGCGACCCCCUAGGAACCUACGGAAAACUGGCCCCUGUGGCGGGGGGAGGGGGCGGCUGGCACGUGACCCGGGUCAGCCAAUCUGGAUGUUGCUGACGUGGCCGCGCGGCCCCGAUGCUCUCCCCACCCCCCAGCUCAGUCGGGAAGGGAGGGGCUGGGGGCUACGCCCCCUCCCCCAACGCAACCUCAGUUUCCGGGGGGGUGACACCCCGGAUUACAUCCUCCCCCCGCACCAAGACAAGGGGAACAUUGGAGCCCCCCUGGAAGGUUCCAGGAUCCAGAUUCUUCACUGCGGCGGCCUCCUCACUGCCGAGAACAACAAGCCGCGGGCGUCCUGUGGCCACACCCCGGCGGGCCGAGGCUGACUACGCCCACGCGGCCGCCUCCAGUCCUGCCAGUCUGGCCAAUGGAGGAGCUACAAACGGCACGACCUGCCCGAGCUUGGCAGUCACCAGUCGCACUGGGCUUGGACGCCUGGGAAGACUUUGUUGGAAGGGGAGGCGGGGAGAGGGUGCUGCACCCCUGCCAACCUCCCUCUUUCCCUGGAGUCGCCGAACCACAGCGCAGCCAAUUGGCUCGGAGAUGUGGCGGGUUGCCUCUUCCCUGUGGGUCUAUGCGGCAUUCUUCUGCCUGGUGACUAACGCGUUGGAAAUGAGGCUUAUGACGUCAUCGCAUCCGCCGACCAAUAGAAAACGCUCCCGCGGAGAGGUGUUCCUCCCCCUUCGACUGCGCUUCUUCACGCGCCUGGGGCCGCCGCCAUUUUCUCGCUGUCCGCCUCCUGCGGAGCGCGCCAAGCUGCCGGGAGUUCUCCAAGAAACAGCGGAGGAGACUGCUUUCGUGCCGGCCCGGCGGGGGGGGUUGUCGCCUGGAGGGCCGAGGGCAACGGCCCCCGACCCCCCCCCCUACUUCCCGGGUUAUGCUGGACUGGAAGGUAAGGGGAACCGAGGCCACCCGGACUUUCCGCGGCUGAGGGCAGCGCCGGUUCCCCGUGGUCAAGAUGCUGCAAAACGUGACUCCCCACAACAAGCUCAACCACCAUGGCAACCACCAAGCCCCUAGUGAGGAGGAAGCUUGGGGCUUGAGUUUCUCGGCUCCACCCAUUUUGCUUAAGUCCCAUCCCAAUAAGGCUGUGAUUCUCAAAUGGCUGUGCCCUGUGAGAAACUACCUUGGGCUUUUUCACUUUAAAUUUUAAAAACAGAUGAAAGAGUCCAUGAGAAUUCAGAAUGUAGAACUAAGAACAGAAGAGGUGGUAGGAAGUACAAGAACAAAAGCUCCAUGGAUUAUUUGGAUACUGGUUUCAUUUUCAUAAUCUUGACCACCUUUCACUAGAUUCCAAGCCUGGAUUUAUUGAGGGCUCCCUGGGGAGGGGAAUGCAGGGUUACUGGGGCUGGGCCCAGAGGCAGCAGCGCCUGGGAAAAGGAUUCGAAAGCCCUCCCUGUUGUAUGAGGGAUUCGAGAGCCCCACAAUGGCUUCAGUGCCGGCUUUGCAACUAACCCCUGCCAACCCACCACCUCCGGAGGUGUCCAAUCCCAAAAAACCAGGACGGGUUACCAACCAGUUGCAGUACCUGCACAAGGUGGUGAUGAAGGCUCUGUGGAAACAUCAGUUUGCAUGGCCCUUCCGGCAGCCUGUGGAUGCUGUCAAACUGGGUCUGCCGGUGAGUAGAGAGAUUG